AUGAGCGGAACCGGGGGCGGGGGCACACUUUACUUGUCACACCCCGUCUACCCGUGCACGUCGUUCGAUGAGGAGAAGAAGCAGCUGGCCGCCCGCCGCGACCGCGAGAGGCAAUUGAAGGAGCGGCGGGCCAAGCUCGAGGCCCAGGGCAUCACCAAUCGCACCGAAGAUGAAAUCGAGGCGAUGGAGAUGGAGGGCGAACGAGGCGCCAGCAAGUCCAGCACGCAGAUAUUGGGGGGCGGCAACGAUUCCAAGAAUCCCACCAUGAAGGUCAUCACCUUCCCCGAAGUGAAGAAGGACGGUGUAGGAGGAGGCCAGAAAUCAUCAACCGCUGGUGGGGGCGCAGCGUUCAUCAAGGAGAAGCCCUCCGCUGCGGCCGGGGCGGGGAAGGCCGCGAGCGGCCUGGCCGGCCUCAAAUCCAACAACGUGGCCAUCAAGAUCUUCUCAAACGAAGGUCCGCCGCUGGAGCUGCGCGUGCCCAACACGGCCACGGUGGGCCAGGUCGUGGAGGAGUACGUCAAGGUCCGCCGGAACGCCAGCACGACCCUGAACACCUCCACCUCAAGUAUCGGAUUGCCGGGCAGGGAGGCCUACUCUCUCCUCAUCGCCGAGGAUGACGGAAGCAUCGACAGUGACUUCGAGGAGGUGCUCAAGAGCACCCAGUUCAUCAAAAACUUUGGAUCCUGUUUCUUCAUACGAAACGAAGGAGGGGGCAGUGGUGGCGGUGAGGGAAUCGGAAAGGUGACUCGAGUGCACCUGCCCAACCACGAGUACCAGACCGUCAAGAUCACGCCGGGCAUGCAGGCCAAGGAGCUGCUCAGUAAAGUGUGCAAGAGAGCGGGGGCGAUCGAGAUGUCGGAUCACUACCUUCAUCUCAAGUCCACCGAUAGCGAGGGUCCAAUCAGUUUGCACAUCUCUCUCGACGCCGUCAUCAAGUCUGACAACUUUGAGAUUUCACGAGAGCACCAAAGCUACAUUCACGCGCCUAAAGAGUUCUGGAGCGAAGCCGAAGCGAUGGCCUACAAGAACUACACCGUCAACAAACUCUUGCGGUUUGGCAUGGUCAAAGAACGCAUGCUGGGUGUUCACCACGAUAAGCUCACGUCCUCUUCUUACCACGGCAAAAGCCUUCGCGAACACUUCUCAUGGCCACUGCGCAGUCUGGAAAGCGUGGAGCUCAUCUCAUCGAUGAAGCCCUGCCAGUUCAGGGCCACCAUGAGGACCGACAAAAGCGAGCUGAAGGUGUACACCUUCGAGGCGCGUACGGCGGAGGAGGCGUGCGAGAUCGUGGGCAAGCUGCAGUACUGCUCCAAGAAGAUGAAGGAGGGCAAGGAGAAUGUAAAAUAA